UAUGCCCACAAUAAAAUUGAAUGGCAUUACUAUUGACUUUCCAUUUCCACCCUACAAAUGUCAGGAGGAAUAUAUGUCCAAAGUGCUUGAGUGCCUGCAUAAGCAAGUGAAUGGGAUCUUGGAGAGCCCAACGGGCACAGGGAAGACGUUAUGCCUCCUCUGCUCGACCUUGGCAUGGCAAGCCCACUUCAAGGAUGCUGUCACCGCACAAAAAAUUGCUCAGCGAUUGAAAGGAGAAGAGCUCUUUCCGGAUAAACCCUCGUCGUCGUGGGGCGAUGCCGUCACAGGGACCGAAGUCUCAGCUUAUUACAGCGAUGUCCCUAAAAUAAUUUAUGCCUCCAGAACACAUUCUCAGCUUACUCAGGUCAUCGGUGAAUUGAAGAAUACUGUUUACAGGCCCAAAGUUUGUGUGUUGGGAUCCAGAGACCAGCUUUGCAUCCACCCUGAAGUUAAAAAGCUGGAAACCAAUCAAAUGCAGAUCCACUUGUGUCGUAGGAAAGUGUCAAGUCGCUUGUGUCAUUUCUACAACAACGUGGAAG